CUCGUGAGUUUAUUUCUUAAAUUGCUGUCCUCCGAAAAGAAAGCCACCAUCGGCGCUGUACCCCAGCAUUAAAAGCCUGACGCCUCUCAAAAAAUCAUCUGGAAUUUGCAUCGACGACGAAGACGACGACCAUAACAUUGAUGGAUCCUCAAACCGUCUCCCGAUCUGCGCUCGAAGAGAGGACCUCUUCAUCCGACGUGCCCAGCCACCAGACUGAUCAACCGUGGACCGACGAGAAGCACGUCCGCUUCUUGAACUCGAUGGAGGCCUGGUUCGUCCGCACAAUGCUGGGAGACACCAGUCGCCUCCUCCGCCUCGACCGUUACUUGCCGGAUAGCUCAGAGUCAACCUUAGAUUCAAAACUAAUACUGGCGAGCAAGAAAAAUCACGCCACCUCAGUGAAUUUCAUGGGUACGAGAAGCACAUUGAUCAACGGUAGAGCUGACAUGAGACUAAGGGGGCCCUCACCAUCUCAGCCGCACGAUUCAUCGGAAGAUCAGGUGGUCCCACAGAUGGAAAAACAGAAAAGGAGUUAGAGAUGAGAGAUGGGAUUGGAGUUGCAUCAAUUGCACCUUUUCCACCGCUACCGCUUCCUGGAGGAUAUUUCUUUGCAUUUUUUAUCUUUCUCUUUUUUGUUGCUGUCAUUUACUUUUUUUUUUUUUUUUCCUUAAUGUCAGUUUUAGUUCGGGUAGGUUUAGGUAUUUAUGUGCAAUAGUGGUUUAACUAAUCAAAAAUCUAAAAUUU